AAACGGAGUUGAGGCGGUGGUAUGACGCUUAGAGGCGUAGGAUGGAGACUAUCCGCAAAAUUCAUCAUAAGUAAAACUUUUUAGCGGAUGUUAGAAUUAAAUAACUUCAAACUUAGAACAUGAAUGCAGUAGAAUAACGGCAACAGGUUAAGUGCACAUGAGAGCACAUUAUAGACUAGCGAAACCUAUUCCUUACGCAUUCUACGCAGCAAAUGGCUAGUUUAAUCAACUGUUCGGUGCUUUAAGAAGCAGACUGUAUAACGGAUAGUGACAUAAGUCCAAUAAGAAAACUGUUGGGAUAAAUUUCAAUUUGGACAGGAUCUUUGACUGAACGCGAAUAACGGGCAUCGUUUCAAGAUCAUCAGCUUAUCUGAGCAGAGAGCACCUGACUUGGAGCCGUUGUUUCGAGAAACGCACACACGAAAACGGAGUAGAAUCAGAAACAAGGAGACGAAGCAAACGGGAGGUGCUGUGUCGCGGGCAGGAGGUUUAACCAACGGCCGCCGUGCAUCAUGGGUAAGCAGAACAGCAAGCUGCGUCCGGAGGUGCUGAACGACCUUCGGGAGAACACGGAGUUCACCGACCACGAGCUCCAGGAGUGGUACCGAGGCUUCCUCAAGGACUGCCCCACGGGCCACCUGACCGUCGACGAGUUCAAAAAGAUCUACGCCAACUUCUUCCCGUACGGCGACGCCUCCAAGUUCGCCGAGCACGUCUUCCGCACCUUCGACACCAACGGCGACGCCACCAUCGACUUCCGGGAGUUCAUCAUCGCGCUGAGCGUGACGUCGCGCGGCGGCCUGGAGCAGAAGCUGCGCUGGGCCUUCAGCAUGUACGACCUGGACGGCAACGGCUACAUCAGCCGCGCGGAGAUGCUCGAGAUCGUCCAGGCGAUCUACAAGAUGGUGUCAUCAGUCAUGAAGAUGCCAGAAGAUGAGUCCACCCCGGAGAAGCGCACCGACAAGAUCUUUAGACAGAUGGACACAGAUAACGAUGGACGGCUCUCGUUGGAGGAGUUCAUCAAGGGAGCCAAGAGUGACCCCUCCAUCGUGCGCCUCCUGCAGACGGAGCAAGGCACUUCGCGCCAGUUCUGAGCUCCACAUCCAACCCCUGCCCCGCCCCCUCUCCAUUUUUCUCUCUCCCUCCCUCUCUCCGUCUCACUCCAUCCUCAUUUACCUCCAGUAGUCAGUUCUGAGCUCCACAACCAAAACACCACCCCCACCUCCUCUCUUACCUCCAUCAACCAGUUCUAAACUCACCACCUACUGUAUAUCCCCCGAACUCCUUCCCUCUCUCCCUGGACUCCCUGGCACCUGGACUGAGCACCUCAUCUCCCCCAAAAUGACCACCAACCCCUCUCCACACACCCCCUCCUUCCUCUCCAUCUCACGCCUCCUGCUGGUUCUGAGGUCCAAACGGUUCUGAUCAUUCCCACCCUUCCACCACCUCUCCUCCUCUCUUACUCCUGCUUGAUCAAGCCUACAACUACCCUCUCAACAGCUCACUCAACAAGCAGCCCUGUACACCAUCCCAGCCAGAAAGAGCUUUGGUGCUGACGAGGUCACAGAGGGCAGUUAUUUCCUCAAACUGGCGCGGUCAAUAGCAUAACCUGCUAAGUCAUAUCUGGUGUUAUUGUGUAACCGUCGUACAAGCAACUCUUUAUUACUCCUCUGGUGCUUCAGUGACCACCGCUGGGGUCUGUGCUUUUGCAGUCGGCUGAUAGUGUUUGGUCUAGUCGGUGGCUUUGUGAUUUAUUGACCAGGGUGAGCCUGUUGCAAAAUGACAGAUCGCAUCUUCUGGAAACGACGCCCCAUACUCCUCUUCUUCAGCUUCUAUUGUACAUUCCACAAAAGUAUGGUCUUGAGGCUAAAUGUUUUUAUAUAUUUGUGUUGCCUUAUUUUAAAUGGAGUCCAAGUGCCAAAAUUAUCUCAUAUUUGUACUAAAGGUAUCUUACUUGUCCGUAACCGCUAGUGACUUAUUGUGUUGAAUAUUUUCUCUGAAAAGACAGUGGUGACAGUGGCUUGUGCGCUUCUAACAUUGCUGUUGCUGAGCGACCAUUGACAGCUCUGUUUUGCCAUAUUUCUGUCAGUUCUGUUUUUAAAUGACAUGUUACAGUGUAAUUUCAUCAUCGGUCUAUUAACGUUAUCAGACCGUAACGUUCACCCACCGAGACACAGCCAGGCUAAAUAAGAGGGCUAUAAGCACACCCUCUUCGUCCAUCCAUUCAUCUCGCUGUUUACAUUUUCAAAAUGGAAAAUAAAUAAACUCUGGAUGACGUCA